AUGCAGGGUCUCAUGGCCACCCUCCUCGUCUGGGCUCUGCUUCACCCCGGUGGUGGCAAUGUCUGGCCCACCCACACAGUCUGCAGGAAUGACGGCUUGGAAAUACUCUACCAGAGCUGUGAUCCAUUACAAGACUUUGGCUUUUCCAUUGACCAGUGUUCCAAACAAUUAAAAGCAAAUCUCAACAUUAGAUUUGGAAUGAUUCUGAGAGAGGACAUCAAAGAGCUAUUUCUCGAAGCAGCUCUUAUCUCAAAAGGAGUAUCCAUUUUUACUUUGUCCUAUCCCAUUUGUGAAAGUGAUCAUCCAAAGUUUUCUUUCUGUGGAAGAAGGAAAGGGGAACAGUUUUACUAUUCUGGCCCUGUCAAUAAUGCUGAAUUAGAAAUCCCUAAGGGAGAAUACGAGGUCUUGCUGAAACUGUAUAAUGAACGCCGCUCCAUCUUGGCCUGUGCCAAUGCCACUGUCAUUUGCUACUAA